AUGAGAAACAAGAUAUUUGAGAAAUCUGUUGUUGUUUCCGUAUAUCUCGCCUCUUCUGCCAUCACUUUCGACUUGAACAAGUACAUAAUAUCAGUUCUUAACUUUAAAAUGCACUACUUGUUGAUUAUUGUCCAGUCAAUACUCAUUGUUGGUAUAAUCCUAGGACAAUCACUCUGUACAAAAACAUCCAUUCAUUAUUCAAAUAUCAACAAAUGGUGGAUAACAUCGGCUCUUCUUACUGCAAUGAUGUUUACUAAUAUGAAAGCAUUGUACUACAUUCCCCUAUCACUCUUUACACUGUACAAAAACUCAACGAUUAUUUUAAUAGCCAUUCUAGAACUAUAUUUCUUUGGAAAGAGUAUCACAGUCCUGGGCUGUGUCAGCUUUGUCUUGAUGAUCUCCAGCUCAUUGUUUGGAAACACGGUAGACAAGAUUGAGCUGGUAGGAUAUUACUGGAUGGUGGCAAACAUUUUUUCAACAGCGGCGUAUAUUCUGUAUCUAAAAAAGUUGAUGGUAGUGGACAUGUCCACCCGAACAGAGUCUGUGUUUUUUACUAACCUGCUGAGUGUACCCACACUAUUCUUGCUUUCGAUGCUGUUUGACCCAAUGGAAAUUCCAAAAAUGACCCUGCCUCUGAUAAUUUCAAUAAUAGGCUCUGGAAUUGCAGCAUACUUUACAUCGUUUAGCACCGCAUGGUCCAUGAAGAUCCUAAGUUCCACCUCAUAUAGUAUGCUGGGUGCCAUGAACAAGCUAAUAGUUUCAGCUUCUGGAUUUUUAGUUUUCGAUGAAAACUUCGAAAGAGUAAAAAUGCUGGCACUCUUAGUUGGAAUUCUUUCAGGAAUGGUAUACUCCCUCGAUUCAAUUAGAAAAAGACCAUCUGCCACGCCCAGCUAG